AUGAAAAUAUAAAAGAAUACUGGGAAGCAUUCAUUUCUUCAAUUCGCUACAUGACAACUUUGACGUGGCUACGCUACUAUUCACGCCAUACCACCAAUAUUUAACGCCCCCAUUAGCCCUCGUUCCCACCAUCUCGCUUCAACAAUCCAUCCAUCUGAUCGAACGGAGUUCUGAAAAUCGCCGGCCGGCAUGGGUAUAUGCACUUCCUGCGAGUCGACGUCGGUGGCGACGGCGAAGUUGAUACUAACGGAUGGGAGGUUGGAGGAGUUUUCGUACCCGGUGAAGGCCUCCCACGUUUUACAGAAGGACCCGACCAUCUUUAUAUGUAACUCCGACGAAAUGGACUUCGGCGACGUUGUCUCCGCGGUAAGCGGCGACGAGGAGCUCCAACCGGGACAGCUCUACUUCGCGCUGCCGUUGAGCCGCUUGAAGCGCCGCCUCCAGGCCGAGGAAAUGGCCGCAUUGGCCGUCAAAGCCAGCUCCGCGUUGACCAAGAGCGGCGGCGGAGCGUGCGACAAGAAAUGCGGGUGUCGCCGGAAAACCCUCGAUUUUCCCGUCGAGAAGGGGUCCAAGGCAGCGGCGGCCGGGGAUGGGUCUGUAGUUAGACAGUCGUCGAACGCCGGAAGAAGUAGUAACGGAGAUGGCACCGGGCGGCGGAGAUCGGGGAAAUUCGCGGCGAAGUUGAGCGCGAUACCGGAAUAGACGUAACCAUCUUGACAGUGAUCCAUUAUUUCAUUUUUGUAAAUAAUUAGUGUACGAGGUAGCGUAACAAAUCAUUUGAGGUUAAUAUAAUUUGUUGGCCGGACACCAUUUGGUCGAUAGUUUAAACCCGACGUUUACGUUUA